AUGAGAUCGCUGUGGUUCUUCUUCGUCUUCCUUCUCCUCCAUCUGAGCUCCCAAGGCUCGGAGUCAGCCCCUUCAGCUCCGCCGCCUCCGGAAGCUUCGAAGCCGUACAACGUGGAGAGCGGGGUUGUCUCCCCUCCAGAGACCCCGGCCCCGAAUCCCCAGCAGUCAGAAUCGCUAGAAGUUUCCCACUCUCUCCCCCCUCAAACUUCCCAGCCCGAAUCCUACAAAAGCCCAAGCCCUGCUACUCCCGGGACCGUACAGCCAGAAUCCCUGAGGGUCUCUGAUUCCUCUCUGCCAGUAACUUCCCAGUCAGAAUCUGCUGAAAUCGAGAGCCCGAGACCUCCUGACAUUAUACAGCCAGAGCCCCGCACUUCGGACUCUUCAGCUGUACACCCAGGGUCCCAUGUCAGCCCCAGUCCGGACCUCUCCGAGACCCCCCCCUCUGAAUCCCGAGAGGCCCCCAACCUUCCUCUGAAAACUCCCUCCCCAGAACCUCCCAGUGCCCCGCAGUAUGAAGCCUCCGAGACGUUCCGCCCAGCUCCUGGGACCCCCGGCUCUGACCUCCAAGGACCUGUGCAAUCAGAGUCUUCUUCGACCCUUAGCCCUGACCCUCCAGAGGUGCCCCGCCUAGAAUCCUCCCCCGUUCUUCAGUCUGAGGCCCCAGAAACACCCCAUCCAGAAUCCCACACCACCCCCAACCCUGCCUCUCCUAAAGUGGCCAAUAUGCAAUCUUCUGCCACCCAGAGAGCCCGACUCCCGGAAAUCCCUAACUUAGAAUCUUCCAUGACUGGGUCCCCAGAUACUUCCCACCAAGGACUCCGUCAAUCAGAUCCCCAACCCUCGAAAGACCCUCAGAACCCACUCCCUGUAGCCGCCAGGCUCUGGAGCCCCCCACCUCCCCCUGGGCCUCCCGCUCCGGCCAGGCCUCUGCAACGGCGACAUGGGGGCGACACUGUGAACACCAUCAUCGUAGUGGAGAGAGUACAGGAGACAGGUGUGACCCUGGUGGGCAGGCCUCGCGGCGCGGGAGGCGGGGCUCUGUGCCUCUUCCUGGCCGGGGCUGGGCUCCUGGUCGGAGUUUUCCUGCUCCUUUGGUGUCUAUACCGCCGGGCUGCAUCUUCUAGGCCCUUUGGACACCACCGGCUGCCGGAUGACAGCGAUGAACCAGCUCUCCACCUGGACGCCCCGAAGGAUCCUUACGACCUCCAUUUUUACGCCCCGGACGCAUGGGUUCCCUCCCACAUCGCCACCAAGCAGCCGCCCAGUACGCCCCCUCUGCCUCCCAAGCUGCCCCCGCCCCCGGGUCGGAACUCGUCGCCACCGCACCUGGAGCCGCUCUCCCCUGCUGCUCUGCCCAACAACUUCGUGUGAGCCCGAACCUAGCCGAGAGAGGGGUCCCGAAACCUGGCUGCUGCCCAGCAUGCUUUGCGCUUGUAGUCCUAACAUGGGGGUGGGGAGGGGGAAGGUCUGAGGUGCUUUGGCUUCCGUUCCUGGGGACCCCACUUAACUAAGAAUUAAAAAAAGAUCGUCCCUAGA